AUGGAGCUCAUGAUCCAAAUGCUGUGGGCUUCCAUUCUCAAGGCAGAUCGGGACAACAUUGGCAUUGACGACAAUUUCUUCCACUGCGGUGGAGACUCACUCACGGCUAUGAAGCUAGCGUCGAUGGCUUCAAAGUUCAACAUCUUACUUUCCGUUUCUGAUGUCUUUGGAAACCCCAAGUUGGCUGACAUGGCGCGCCGCGCUGAACAGUGCGCGCUGGAUGCUGCCGAUGGCCAAGCAGAGGAUUCGAUCACAACGCCCCUCGGUCUCUUGAAGGAUAUUCACGAAGCUUCAAACACAUCCAAGCUUGUCCCUUCUAUCCCCGCUUUAUCCCCAGAGCGCCAAGCCGAGUUCUCCGAUCUGUGGUGCAGGCUUCAAGAUGUCCUGCCCGCCGACAUGCUUCCAAGCCUCACCAUCCCAGACAGCAAAAUCCCUACUGGGGCAUCAAAUAAUCUCCCCACCCCUAGGGGCCUUACUCGUCCUUUGCUUCCCGUCGUGAAAAAGCCUUCUCCUAAAAGCGAUAUGGAACUCAUGACUCAAGUCUUGUGGGCCACAGUCCUCAAGGUGGACCGGGACAACAUUGGCGUCGAAGAUAACUUUUUCCAAUCUGGCGGGGACUCACUGGUCGCCAUGAGGCUUGCCUCCAUGGCCACAAAAUUCCGCGUCUCCCUUUCGGUGUCUGAUAUCUUCGAAUACCCCAAGCUCGCCGAUAUGGCGCUACGCGCCAAGUGGCGUGGGUUAGACCAUGCCGAGGACGCGCCGCGCACACUUCCCGAGAGUGCCUCCAACGAUAUCCAAGACCCCGCAAUCUUGAAGCCUUUGGACGAUAUGGAAUCUGAAGAGCUACGCCGAGCGGCUGCAGAGUGCGGCGUCUCUAGUGCGGAUAUCGAGGAUGUCUACCCUUGCACGCCACUUCAGGAAGGACUCAUGACUCUCACUGCUCUUCAGCCGCUCGCGUAUGUUGGCCGAUGGGCAUACAAACUUCCCCAGUCCAUCGAUCUCGACCGUUUCAGGGACGCAUGGCAGCAGGUGGUUAAGAUCGCACCAAUCCUUCGAACAAGGAUUAUCCUUGGCAACCUCGCCGGGGCUGUACAGGUGGUUAUUCGAGAACCGCGAACGUGGCUGUCUGGCUCAGAUCUCAACCAGUACCUGGAAAACGACCGCGCAACGCACAUGGGCUACGGAUCAUCUCUUUCGCGACUUGCAAUCAUACAAACCGCAGAUAGCGAGCGGUACUUUGUGUUGACAAUCCACCAUAGCACCUACGAUGGAUUUAGCUUGACGAAGAUAUUCCAGUUAGUCGAGCAGGCUUAUAACUCGGAGCCUAUUCCCGCCCUGCCGCAAUUCACCCGCUUCGUCCAGUAUUUACAGGGCGUUGAUCCCGAGGCCACUGCUACUUUCUGGAGGGAUCAUCUAAAUGGGGACCUCGGUCAGCCUUUCCCCGCUCUCCCGGCGUCUUCGUACAAACCGGAAGCAACCCGGACCUUGUUCCACAAGUUUACUCUGGAGCGGGUAAGCGGAGCAUUCACCGUACCAAUCCUUCUCCGCGCAGCAUGGUCUCUCGUUCUCUCGGCAUAUUGCGGAAACGACGUCAUGUUCGCAAUGCCCCAAUCUGGGCGUGCCGCCCCGGUAGAGGGUAUUUUGGAUAUCGCGGCGCCAACCAUUUGCACCGUGCCCGUACGAGUGCACGUCGACAAGGACCAGAGUAUCCUCGACUUUUUGAACGAAGUUAACGGCCAAGCCACCAAAAUGAUGAAGUUCGAGCAUACUGGGCUUCAGUAUAUACGCCGUCUUGUGGACAACAGCAUCGUCAUGAACCACUUAUUUGCAAUCCAAUCAGGCUCUGAGCGCGACGCGUUGUCAAGGCGCCCGCUGGGGCUUGUCGAUAUGGACAUCGCCAUGCCCAACUUUGAAAACUAUGCACUCGUCGUCGAAUGCAUUUUAACCCGCGAUGCCACUCCAGGGAUGUGGUCUGUGGAGAUUGGGGCCAAGUUUGAUGAAAACAUUCUCUCCACCUCGCACGUUGAACGCAUCGCCGAGCGCCUCGGUUACGUGCUUGCACAACUGGACUCGGCCCUGGGGAGCACGGGCGGCGGUCAGGGCAAAGCGAUAGGAGACAUGGAACUUCUAUCUCGAAGUGAAAUCGCCCUGCUACAGAGCUGGCAUCCUUCUGUAGCUCCACCUCCCACCAAACAAGUCCAUGAGCUCAUCGAACAACGUGCCGCCGAUAGGCCGACGCACCAGCCGUCGAGUCAUGGGACGGAACCUUGA